AAAAAAGAGAAAUAUAAUCUUUACCUAAGCCGCCUUCACCUGCUACACCUUCAUUACAAAAACAUAUAAAUAUAUACAUAUAUAUAUAAUAUAUGUGCUACGCACAUAAUUCAGGACAGUUUUUAGAUAUAUAUAUACUUACAAAUCAAAGUAUAUAUAUAUAUUUAUAUAUUUUCUUUUUGAGUGAUCACUCUCGCUCUCUGUCUUUGAACUUGACUUUAUUUUCAACCAACAAUAUUAACUGAAACUCUCGAGCUCGGUCAACUUUAGCCAUGGAGACUACAUCUAUCAUCAAAGAAGGGUGGAAAUGGUGCAACUAUUUUUGCAUCAUAUGCUGUAUCAUCUUUGUUUCUCUUUUCAACAGUAAUCCCUACAACUCAAGCUUUUUUGAUGUUCAAGAAAUGAGUUUAUCACCACCAUUAGCGCCCAAUGCAUCGUCACACACUAACACUAGUACCCUGCCAUUAUUGGAGAUAUCAAGAUCCCUUGGUAAUAAUAAUGAGCAAGGCAACAGUAGUGACCAAAGAGAAGAACAUUUAUCAAGAUCCAUUGGUAAUAAUAAUAAUGAGCAAUUCAGUAGUAGUGACGAACGAGAACAUUGUAACAUGUUUGAGGGAAAAUGGAUUUAUGAUCCGCAGGGAAGUCCUCUCUAUGAUAAUUCGCGGUGUCGGUUCCUUAGCGAGCAAGUUAGCUGCAGGAGAAAUGGCCGGUCUGACCAUGAAUAUGAGAAAUGGAGUUGGCAACCAAAAGGGUGUAACCUCCCAAAAUUUAAUGGCACGCAAGUAUUGGAGAAGCUAAGAGGAAAGAGAGUUAUCAUUGUUGGAGACUCACUUAACAGAAACCACUGGGAAUCAUUGGCUUGUCUUCUCUACAGUUCUUUACCUCCUUCUCAAGCCUAUGUUAGCCACGGUAGUAGCUCCUACAAAGUCUUUAGAGCAAAGGAGUAUAAAUGUACUGUGGAGUUUUAUUGGAGCCCAUACCUAGUGUAUACUGAAGUGAACAAAACUAGUGGAGAACGUUCUCUGAGACUUGAUAAACUUUCUGACUCCACUAAGUGGAAAGGAGCAGAUGUCAUGGUAUUCAACACCGGUCACUGGUGGGAUCAUGGAGGCAAACACAGAGUGAAAAACAUGUCGAAAACCUGGAAACAAAUGGAGGAGGAGGGUGAGUUCGAAUUACAGAUGGCCAUGGAGACUUGGUCUCGUUGGGUUGAUACAAACGUGGAUGCGACCAAAACAAGAGUCUUCUUUCGUAGCAUUUCACCAGAACACAAAGGAAAAGUAUUUUGCUACAAUCAAACACAACCCAUCAUGGACGAUUCUUACCUCCCUCCCUAUCCGAAACGAAUUGUAGAGAUUGUGGAAAGAGCCAUUCUGACAAUGAAGACUCCAGUAACUUAUUUGAACAUCACCAACUUGUCUGGGACCAGAAAAGAUGCACAUCCAAGUAUUUACAAAGCAAAGCAGGGAAUGAAAUUGAUGGAGUCUCAGCAUAAAAAGCCUGAAACUUUUGCUGAUUGUAGCCACUGGUGUUUGCCUGGAGUACCAGAUACCUGGAACAGGUUACUGUUGGCGAUUCUCUUGGAAACCCCAGACAGCACUAGUUAAUAUUUAGUUGUUCCUUUUUUUUUUUUUUUUUUUUGGUUCAGAGCAGUAGUCAAAAACAAUAAAAGUUGUGCAUACUAGUUGGAAAGCUUAUGCCAAAAUCAUUCCUUGAUCUAAAACAUAAUGCAUAGCUUUCCCAUAAUAAAGUUUACUCAUUCAUUUGACUUGUACGUGCACAGUGAAAAAUGGAAUCAAACCAUGCUUCCUUACUUCACUACCCUCUUGUCUACUAAUACUGUGUUUAAUAUGAUUCAAUGUAAUUCAUCAGCAAGGAUUACCUGUCA